ACGCGAGGUGUGUGUUGAUACAUUCGUUUCGCUCGCAUCUCGCGUGUGCUUAUGGCUUGACGGCUGAGAAUUGACGCGGACGCGACGGUGGUAAUCGGGUGAAUCGAACGAGCCGGAGUCGAGGCGGUGUCCUCGCGAAUCGACACGGUGCAUGCGCGCGUUAAAUCGUGUUUCCCCGCAAUCGUGUCUUUCUCUCCUCUUCUCCCUUUAAACCCUCCUUCUUUCCCUCUCCACUCUUUUUUUACUCUUCGACAUGGCUAAGAUGUACCGUUACUCAUGCGUCUUUCCUACUACUAUUCAUUGAUGCCUCCGCUGUCGCGUAACUCGCGUGUGAACCCCUACUCGUGCAUCGGUGUAUCGCGCGCGUGCAAGGACGCGCGUCCUCAUCUACGUGUAGGCUGGGACAAAACGCGCCGCGCAUCCCGGUCACAGGACCAUCACGCCGGAAGGUUAGAUUUACACAAAUGAAGGACGUUAGAUGAGGAAAUUUGCGAGGUCGCUUGAAUUACAGACUCGCCAGAAUGGUGGGUAGUAUGCCCAGCGGGUGGAUGCGGAGGAUCCUCCUCUUCCUCGUCCUGAUGACCGGAGUCCUACUGAUCGCCAUGUACGCUCAUGCUCCGCCGCUCGCAUCGCUCCAGCCGUUCGCCACGCGUCGAAGACUAGAGGACUUGCAACGCGGCUUGGUUAAUUACCUGGUGGGUAAUGAAACCACGAUCGGAUUCGAGGGACGGCUCUACGAGUAUCUGGAAGGACCUAGGACAUUUCAAAGUCCAUGGUCCUGGGCGUGUGUCGCGAACCGAUGUGAAAGACGAGCUGUGAGGUCCUCGAGAACAUCCUUGGCUACCUGUACCGCGCAUUGCGGAGGGAAUACUCGUUUGUUGUGGCCCAGACCGACCGAAAACGUCGUUCUCGGCGAUGACAGUGUCAUCUUGCAUCUUCAGCAGAUCGAAUUCGUCACCGUGAAUACGAGCGAUCAGGAGACGAAGGAUCUGCUGGAGCAUGCAAAGGACGUCUUCAUCGGAAACAUCAGGAGCCUGGUUAAGGUGCUGAACGCCAAGAGUCGAUCCGGUAUUGACUCGUUCAUCAUAUAUUUGUGCGCCGGGAAUGCGCAGAGUGCCAGCUUAACUUUGGACACCGACGAGUCUUACGAGUUGAAGCUCGCGCCGAAAGGAAAACUCCUGGAGGCGAGAAUUACGGGGAAGAGUUACUUCGGCGUGCGACAUGGCCUCGAGACUCUUAGCCAACUAAUCUGGUGGGACGAGGCUGCCGGCAAGCAGGGCGCUCUUCGCGUCCUCACGCGAGCCACUGUUGAGGACAAUCCCGCGUUUCCUUAUCGCGGCCUUCUCGUCGACACCGGUAGGCAGUUCUUUCCCGUCGAGGAACUGAAGAGGGUGAUCGAUGGCAUGGCAGCUACGAAGCUCAACACUUUUCAUUGGCACCUUACCGAUUCCCAGAGCUUUCCGUUCGAUUCGGCGCAAUUUCCGGAAAUGGCGAGAUGGGGCGCGUACAGCGGCGAUUACAUUUACACGCCCGACGACGUGAAGGAUCUAACCGAUUAUGCGAAGAUACGCGGCGUCAGAAUCGUUGUCGAGAUCGAUUCUCCGGCUCACGCCGGCGCCGGUUGGCAGUGGGGUGCUGAACACGGUCUCGGCGAGUUGGCGUUGUGCGUAGACCAGCAGCCGUGGUCGUCGUAUUGCGGUGAGCCGAAUUGCGGCCAGCUGAAUCCCAUAAACGAACACUCUUAUCGGAUUCUCGAGGGUUUGUACCGGGAGCUGUUGGACCUGACCGAGGUGCGCGACGUGGUGCACCUCGGAGGCGACGAGGUGAAUCUCGAGUGUUGGGCGCAAUACGGCAAUAUCACCUUGGCCAUGCAGGCGCAAAAUAUGACGGAUCAUCACGCGCUCUGGGCCGAGUUCGAGACGAAGAUGCUGCAGCGGCUGAUCCGCGCGAAUCACGAGAACGUGCCGAAGGCGGUGAUCCUGUGGAGCUCGCCGUUGACCAAGAGGCCGUAUAUCAUGAUGUACUUCGACCCGAAGAUCCACGUCAUUCAGUCCUGGGGUGGCAGCAACUGGCCGGAAACGCCGGACCUCCUCGAGGACGGCUUCCGCGUCAUUCUGUCGCACGUGGACGCGUGGUACCUGGAUUGCGGGUUCGGGAGGUGGCGGGAAAGCGGCGAGGCCGCGUGUGGCGAGUACCGUACCUGGCAGACCGUCUACAAUCAUCGUCCGUGGAGAGAUUAUCCGCCGCAGCAGCUGCCUUUGGUGCUCGGCGGCGAGGCGGCAAUUUGGAACGAACAGACCGGACAGUCGUCCCUCGGGCCUCGACUAUGGCCGAGAGCGUCAGCACUGGCCGAACGAUUAUGGAGCGACUUACCAACGAACAGUUACUCCACAGACGAGAACGUUUACACCAGAUUGGCUGCUCACAUCGAAGUUCUGAACAGCAGAGGCAUCAAAACGGAGUCCAUGUGGCCACACUGGUGUUCUCAGAAUCCCGGCAAGUGUCUCUGACCGAUCGUUAGAGAUUUGUGAACUGUCGAUCAACCGAGUAUCGUACUUGCGGCGCUGAUAAUCGUAUAAAAGCGGCGCUGGCUGUCGCAAGUUCUAUCGAUGAUCGAUUCCGUUUCCAACGCGAAAUUAUAUUGCGUAUUCGUGAUUUGUGGGAUCUGUCAGUGACAGGUGUCCUGCCGUUGGCAAAAUUGACAAUCGUUUCUACUCAAUAAAUUAUUCGACGGCUUUUCCAUCCGCAACAAGCAAACGUCGAGGAAGCUCGCACGGUGCGCGAUAAACAGCAUCGGGCGCACAUUAACGAAGUAAGAAACUAUUGUUGUACGCUCUCUUUGCACGUCUGACAAAAUGCAGAUUUGGCGCAGCUAUGAGAUUGUGCAAACGACAACGGAUAAAUCGUUAGUUUAAAUUGACGUAUGUUAGCUGGAUAUAGAAGAACACGAGUUGAUAACGUAAAACAAGUGAACCUCUUUAAAUCGGGCUUCGCAUGAGUUUAGUUUUAUAAGUGUUUACUUAAAGAGUCGAAUCGCAAGAGAAAGCGCAAAAUACGUUUAUGAUUAUUAAUAUAUAAUUCGCCCCAAGUUAGAAUUGUAUCAAAUGUCACAACUUUUCCAUCUUGAUGUUUAAAUGAUAUCGCUAUUUUAAAAGUGAGUGCAAUGUUGGGAAUAAACAUCUCAUGUUUAUGAAGCAUUGCAACAAAAUUAAUAAUGUUCGUGUACGUAUUCUUGGUUUCGAUUUUUUUAUAUUAAAGUACAAAAAUGUUACACUUAUAGCACAGUAUUCGCUUUUAUAUCGCUUUUAUAAAUAUUGUGUUUUGUCCAUUGCUUUUAUUUAUCGAUCUGAUAAAAUUAGAAUUCCGGUUAUCGUGUAACUUUCACGAGAUUCCAAUUGAAAACUUGAUUUUCCGAUCGCAAUUUCAUCACAUUUUUCAUAUCGUUUAUUGUGAAUUUAUGAGUCCAAAUUGAAACGGAAUCGGAAUUUACUUGCUAAAUAAAAAUAUAAGAUAAUAUAUGUAAUUAUGGUAAAAAGAUUACAAAAAUUCAAUAUCUAUUGUUGUAACAAUUUCAUGAAGAUCUAAGCAUCGUGACAUAAAAUUCUUUUUAAGUCAUUAGUCAUCUUUUUUACAGGUGCAUCGCAUUCUUCUUUUCGAGUCAUUUUUUACAAGUUAUCGGAAAUGUAAAAUAAAUUCUUUAGAAAUUCUCGCUUGAAUGUAAAUAUCAAUAUUUAUUCCGAUUUUCCACUUAUAUUUAUAUCAAUUUUCUACUUAUUCAUAAAGUAUCGCAAUUAUUCCGAUCAUUUCAGAAUUUAUCUGAAUAUCUAUAAUAGAACAAUUGACAAAAAUGAAUUCCAGUUUCUGAUUGGAAUAGUUUGAUUUUUUGUUAGUUAUUACAUUGUGUGUAUUUGGAUAAAUUCCGACAUGAUUGAAACGAUUCCGAAUUAGUUUGGACGUUUCAUAUGAUCGAUCAGUUCGGACAGUUUGACUCUCGAGUUUGGACGUUAAAUAAUUCAAACGCUUUGAACUGAAGGUAUGUUUGAACAGUUUGAUUAACUUUAUUUCUUUUGACAUAACAUGUAUUCGCGUAUAUAUUGCGCGUAUUUGUAGUAAAGUUAGCCCCUAAAAGUUUUUUUGGGGCUAUUUGUUUUUUGUCUACAAUGCAUACUACGUUUGCUUUUCUUUACUGUCCGACGUGUCAAAUCUUCAGACAUAAUAAAUUGACAUUACGGAUAGUGCUAUCAAUACUCGGCUAUGUACCCAGAUAGUCAGGUAAUUUGUUCUAAAUGACAACACUAAUUACAGAUCGAUUUAAGUUUGAACUGUUCGAACUCGAUGUUUAUUUUUCUUUAAUCUGAACUGUCCAAUAUCGAACAUACAGUAUGUUUGAAUCUUUGGUUUCAGUUCUAAUAUUUACAUUCAAGAAAACUUUAAGGUUAUUUUUAUAUUUUUAAUAAUUUGUAAAAACAACUCAUAAAGAAUUCUAUAUCAUGACGCUUAGAUUUUUGCAACAAUAAAUUCUGAAUAUUUUUAAUUUUCUGUAAUUAUACUGUAAUUGUACGCGAAUUACAGGACACUCUGUAUACAUUAUCUUGCAUUUUUAUUUGAUAAAUUCUGAUACCGUUCCGAUUUCGGAGAAGUUGAAAGAUACGGACAGAAUUGCAAUCAGAAAUUCAUCCAUUGAAAUCGUGAAAAGUGAUUAUAUAAUAGCUACUUUGGACGUGUUUUGUUAUAAAAUAUUAAUAGCUUAAUUAAACUGUAUAACAAUGCAUAAUCGAAAUAAAUUGAGACAAUUGUGUGUGUGUUGUAAUAACGAAGGGUAACGAUGAGUUAAAUCUCAUCCGUCGACGAUCGAUAUAAUUGUAGCGAAAUAUCUUUAAAUCAGCGAAUGGUAUCGGAGACAAUAAUGCGGCACCUCAUCAUUCUGUAUAUCUUAUCAGCGCGUAUCGACGCGUUAUCGUCACCGUGUUAUUUCUCGGAUUCCAUGAACUAGAAAAAUCAACAAUACAGGUUUUCGCGAUCAUAGUAGCUUUGUUGCUGCAGAGCCUUAGUCAAUGGCGAGUGUUUCGCAAUUUUGUAGACCGUAAUUUAGCUUUUUAACAAUUGAGAUUACACAUUACUGAAAGUAUAACAGAUAACGAAAAAGGCAUGGCGGUACGAGUAGCAUCAACGCCAUGAAUGUCGACAAAGAGUGCCUGGUGUGUUUGCGACUGAUCUAUAUUAAAGAUUGUUACGUAUGAUGGAUGCUAGAUAUCAGUGAAAUUCGCCAAUCUGUCGGCGUCGCGACGUCAAUCGAACUUUUUAUUUAUUAUCAACGCAAAAAAAUGCUCAGGGUAGCGUAAUAUAAUUAUCGGACGCUUUUAGUAAAGAGAAUAUGUCUCUCAAGUCCGUAAAACUAGAUCAAAGCAGCUAUUUUGUACUCGGAUCGGAAAUUUUUUGUUUUUCUCUAUAUGUUUUCCUAAAUAUUUUAUUACGUCAUUUAGGGAAAAUGGAACAUUUCUGAUCGGAAACGUUUCCGAUUGAAUACACAAUAACUGCCAGGUAUAGAAUUUUUUAUGACAAUCGAAAUUUUGUCGACAUUUUAUUAUUUUCAAUUAAAUACUUUAUUAUCUUCACUCGAAAUUCAUACUCGUAAGAAAGCGACGAAAAUUUAACUGAUAGAAUACCCGCAAGAAAGCUCGCCUGAUUGUGCAUAAUUAUUUUUAUUUUAUAAUUCCGACACGUAUGUGCAAUCGUCAAAAUGAUGCGAUUGGUUAAAUGUGAUUAUGCCGUUAUCACGGCAGAAAAGUGAUCGCGCAUGGGGACUCGCCGUCUUGCUGCCUGUAGUACAUCAUGGCCUAUCAAUUAAGAAAAUGCGAGUGACCCUCGGAAACUUGUACAUAAAUACUUUGUAACGAUGUAGGGAGCAACGUAUAAUAUAGAGAAUAGAUAUGUAUAGAUAGAUUAAAAAUAGUUACAUCAUUAAGAGUGAAUCGAUAGACAGGCAUUUAGGCUAAAUCAAUUGCGUAAAUAGACAAACCGCUCAAGGGAUAACGGGGGCGAGAAAUGCGAGUCCGGC